UCCCCAUCAUUCCCCAAACUUCCUCCACCUCCUUGUUUACCCUUCAAGCCAUCCCCCUUUAAUUUCUUUGAACUCCUCUCUUUAAUUAUUCAAGGUCAGUCACACUGCUCCAUAAAAACACAAUAUACUUUCAUCGUUUGCUUUCACAGUGAAAAAAAGGAGAGAUCGUAUGGGGAACUGUCAAGCAGCUGAGGCAGCCACCGUGGUGAUUCAACACCCGGGGAACAAGAUCGAGAGGAUUUACUGGUCUGUUACUGCUAAUGAAAUCAUGGGCUUGAAUCCGGAUCAUUACGUUGCACUCCUUGUGACCUCCCCGACUUUAAAGAACGAAAAUGGAACGCCGGUGAAGCAGCUCAAGCUCUUGAAACCUGAUGACACUUUGUUAAUCGGCCAUGUUUAUCGACUCGUCAGUUUUGAAGAUGUUUUGAAAGAAUUUGCUGCAAAGAAGUGCGUGAAACUUGGGAAACUGUUGAAAGAAAAUGGAGGGCUUGGGCUUGGCGUGGAGUUGAAGAGAAAGGAUUUACCCAGAACUGCUUCCAAUAUGAACCCCAAACUUAACUCGAAACCUGAGAAGAACAGUGAUGUUAAGGUGGAGCAGGAAGUUAAUAGACUGGGAGGUGGCGGCAGUAGGUACAUGGGAAGAAAUCAUGGCGGAGGUGGGCAAUGGACGCCGGCGUUGCAGAGCAUUGCAGAGAUUGGAAUUUGAAAUGCAAUGUACAGUUGCAUAUUGCUGGCUUCUUCUUCUUCUGUCGUUCUCUGCUCCAUUGCCCAGUCUCCUCCACCAAUAAAAAGCUAGCAACUAUAUAUAUAUAUAUAAGAUAUUGUUAUCUUUUCCCUUUUUUUCUUGUAGAUUUUAGGAGGUAGAGUUUGUCUUAGAUUUAAAACCAUCAGGAGUUUUAGAAGAUUAUAAAUGUAAUGAUUGUUGUGGAA